AGCAGGAGCGGGGAAGAUGGCUUUGGACAAGGUCUACUCGGUGCUGGAAGUGUUCUUGAUAACUAUACUGGUAGUGGAAGGGAUUGCUGUGGCUCAAAAGACCCAAGUUGGGCAGAAUAUUGGAGGCAACCGCAUGGCAUCUACCCAGUGUAGUGACUGGGUACGAACAAGCAACGGAGGACACUUUGCUUCGCCAAACUUCCCUAAUCUCUACCCGCCCAACCAGGAGUGUGUCUAUAUUUUAGAAGCUGCUCCACGCCAAAGAAUAGAAUUGACCUUUGAUGAACCAUACUACAUAGAGCCUUCAUUUGAAUGUCGAUUUGAUCACCUGGAAGUUCGAGAUGGGCCUUUUGGUUUCUCUCCACUCAUUAAUCGUUACUGUGGUCUAAAGAGUCCUACCCUAAUUAGAUCAACGGGAAGAUUUAUGUGGAUAAAGUUUACUUCAGAUGAAGAACUAGAAGGAAAGGGAUUUAAAGCGAAGUAUUCAUUUAUACCAGAUCCUGACUUCACAUACCUAGGAGGUAUUUUAAAUCCCAUCCCAGAUUGCCAAUUUGAGCUCUCAGGAGCUGAUGGGAUAGUGCGUUCCAGUCAGGUAGAACAGGAAGAGAAAACAAAGCCUGGGCAAGCAGUUGACUGCAUAUGGACAAUUAAAGCUACACCAAAUGCCAAGAUUUAUUUGAGGUUUCUAGACUACCAAAUGGAACAUUCAAAUGAAUGCAAGAGAAACUUUGUGGCUGUGUAUGAUGGAAGCAGUUCCAUUGAAAACUUAAAAGCAAAGUUUUGCAGCACAGUGGCAAAUGAUGUUAUGCUACAAACUGGAAUUGGGGUUGUACGGAUGUGGGCAGACGAAGGCAGUAGAUUAAGCAGGUUCAGAAUGCUCUUCACGUCAUUUGUGGAUCCUCCCUGCUCAGGUAGCACUUACUUUUGCCACAGCAACAUGUGUAUCAAUAAUUCUCUAGUCUGCAAUGGCAUUCAAAACUGUGCAUACCCUUGGGAUGAAAACCACUGCAAAGAAAAGAAGAAAACAGGAUUAUUUGAACAGAUCACCAAAACUCAUGGAACAAUAAUCGGGAUUACUUCAGGGAUUGUUCUGGUUCUUCUCAUCAUUUCAAUCCUGGUGCAGGUCAAGCAGCCUCGUAAGAAGGUGAUGGCUUGCAAGACUACAUUCAAUAAGACCGGCUUCCAGGAGGUUUUUGAUCCUCCUCAUUAUGAGCUCUUCUCAUUGAGAGACAAAGAGAUUUCUGCCGAUUUGGCCGACCUAUCUGAAGAACUCGAAAACUACCAGAAAAUGAGGCGCUCUUCGACAGCUUCAAGGUGCAUUCACGAUCAUCACUGUGGCUCCCAAGCCGCAACUGUAAAGCAAAGCAGGACCAACCUCAGUUCAAUGGAACUUCCUUUUCGCAAUGAUUUUGCACAGCCUCAGCCAAUGAAGACCUUUAAUAGCACCUUCAAAAAAAGUAGCUAUACUUUCAAACAGGCUCAUGAGUGCCCAGAGCAGGUGAUCGAAGACAGGGUGAUGGAAGAGAUUCCUUGUGAAAUCUAUGUAAGGGGUCGCGAGGAUGCUGCUCAGGGCUCAUUAUCAAUCGACUUUUAAUCCCUUUUUAAAGGUGAAAUGGGUAUGUGUAAAUAUUGUAUAGACAAUUUAGGUGUGUGUACAAAAAUGUAACAUAUGAAAUUUGAUGGAGACAUAAGUAUUCAUACCUUUUUUUAAAGCUUGUUUAAUUAUUAUUUUCUCCUGAAGGAAAGC